AUGCUUGUCGGCAUCUGCGGCGCCAUUUGCUCUGGGAAACAUACCACGGCCGAGUACCUGGUCCAACACCACGGGUUCCUUCGCCUGCACCUCCCCACGCCACAGCAAUUCCAACCAUCACAAUCGACGUCCGCAUCGCACGAUCUCUCGCCAGAUCACCUCCGGCUCCUGCCCAGCGUCACCGACCAGAUCGGCACGCGGGGCCUCUCAUUCCCGGACGUUGAGUCUCUCCUAGACUUUGUCACCAGGAGAUGGCGCGAACACUGGGUCCUGACGGACAUCUACGAUGAAACGACGCUGGAGAUCCUGCUGAGGCGGCCGUUCUUCAUGCUACUGAACGUGGAUGCGCCCUUGGGGACGAGGUUUGAGCGGUUCAACGAGCGGUGUCAAAAACGCCAACUGCCACCAAUGUCCCUGGCGGACUUUAUCUUCUACAAUGACCUCAAGCUGUACGGGUCUCGUGCCCAGCCAGACUUGGUUUCUUUCAGUGAUGUCGAUUCUCGCGACUCGCACGCCUCAGCAUCCACGAGGACGACGUAUGAUGCGGUUGACGAGAACGACGAUCAACCUCCAAACCAUUCACCAGCCAAGACAGCGCUUCUCCCUCUGCUGUCACACGCUCACUUGUCUAUUCUCAACUCCUUUCCGAGUAUCUCGACAUACCACGCAUUCCUCUCCACGCUCGAUCUCGCAUCGCCCCUCCGUCUCCGCCCGACAUGGGACGCGUAUUUUAUGACGCUGGCCUCGCUGGCCGCGCACCGGAGCAACUGCAUGAAACGGCGGGUCGGGUGCGUGCUGGUGCACAACGCCCGGAUCAUCAGCACGGGGUACAACGGCACGCCUCGGGGGUUAGUGAAUUGCAAUGAGGGCGGGUGCGCGCGGUGCAACGGGUCCGGUAACGCCGGCGGCGUCGCCCUCAACACGUGCCUGUGCCUGCACGCCGAGGAGAACGCGCUGCUCGAGGCCGGCCGCGAGCGCAUCCGCGACGGCGCCGUCCUCUACUGCGACACGUGCCCGUGUCUGACCUGCUCCGUCAAGAUCGCCCAGGUCGGCGUCAAGGAGGUCGUCUACUCACAGAGCUACAACAUGGAUGACGCAUCCCGCAAGGUUUUGCGCGACGCCGGCGUCUUGCUCAGGCAGUUCAUCCCUAAGAGGAGCGGGCUCGUGGGCUUUGACCUUGACGGGAUAAACAUGGACGGGUUGUUCGAUGAGUCUCUCGGGAGUGAAGGAGGAAAAGGAAAAGAAAUGGUCUUCUUGAAUGGUAAAAGGUCAUGA